AGUUAAAAGGAGGAAAAAAAAAAAAACGAAGAGAGUCUAAAAUCAAAGUCUGCUUCGUUCUAGUAGAAGAAAUUGAAAGGCUAAUUGAGAUUUCAAUCUCCUUCAGAGGCAUCCAUGGACGACGAUUUGCUUCUCAAGAACUUCUACGCCGAAGUCAGCGAAGUUGAGAGGGAUAACCAAGUCCUCAGGAUCCUCUCCUGCUUCAAGUUAAAUCCCUUCGAAUAUCUUAACUUACCAUUUGAUGCAACCGAAGAAGAUGUUAAAAAACAGUAUCGAAAGUUGUCCUUGAUGGUUCACCCUGAUAAAUGCAAGCAUCCACAGGCUAAGGAGGCAUUUGGAGCAUUGGCGAAAGCCCACCAACUUUUACUCGAUCAACAAGAAAGGGACUAUAUCAUUAGCCAAGUCACUGCUGCCAAAGACGAACUCAGAGCAAAAAGGAAGAAGCAGUUGAAGAAAGAUACAGCUUCUAAAAUAAAGUCAUUGGUCGAUGAGGGAAAAUAUGAGCAACAGUAUGAGCAGUCUGAAGAGUUUCAGCAAGAACUAAAAAUGAAGGUUCGAGAAAUAUUAACAGAACAAGAAUGGCGGAGGAGAAAAAUGCAAAUGAGGAUAUCAGAAGAGGAAGGAAGAUUGAAAAAAGAUGAAGAAGAAGCCAAAGAGAUGUGGAAAAGAAAACGAGAUCAUGAGGCAGAAUGGGAAGGAACAAGAGAAAAAAGGGUUUCAAGCUGGAGAGAUUUUAUGAAGGGUGGAAAGAAGGCCAAGAAAGGAGAACUUCGACCUCCCAAACUGAAAACUGAAGAUCCUAACAAGUCUUAUGUUCAAAGGCCAGUAAAACGAGGUUGACUGGCUUGGUUUUUGCCGGGUUGGGUCUUGGUAGAUUACCGUUGAUGAUUACCCAAGCUUUCUGGGGAUCAGAAAGUUGAAUGAUAUGUACGGUUAUGUGUCUUUGACUUGUUUGUAAACAGGAUUAUCAUUGUACCAAUGCGGGAUGGAUGAUCGUUUGAUAUUACUAAGUUGUUAAUUUAAAUCAUUGUAACUAAUUCUGGCC